UGAAAUGGAAACUGGAGCUCGCGCUCGAUAGAUUUCCCUGAAUUUGCUCUCCCGCCAAUUCGCAGAUCGUAAAAUCUCUCCAGAUUUUCCGUCUUCGCAAGCAAAUAGUGUUUCCCUUUCGCAAUUCUACCUGGUAAAGUUGCUCUGAUACUUUCCUCCCCAAACCCUAGGGCGACAGAUUCCAGGGAACAAUGCCGUCCCUAAUCUCGCCAGGCAAAAUUUUGCGGCUGGAGUUGGAGAAUUUCAAGUCUUACAAGGGUCAGCAGACGAUUGGUCCAUUUUCUGACUUCACGGCGAUUAUUGGCCCUAAUGGUGCAGGCAAGUCGAACCUGAUGGACGCAAUUAGCUUCGUGCUUGGGGUCCGAACGGGGCAGCUCCGAGGAGCACAGUUGAAGGAUCUCAUCUACGCCUAUGAUGACUCGGAAAAGGAGCAGCGUGGCCGCCGUGCAUACGUGCGCCUUGUAUACGGGCUUGCAAGUGGAGCCGAGCUUAGUUUUACCCGCACAAUCACCAGUGCUGGGGCUAGUGAGUACCGCAUUGAUGGGAGGGUCGUAAACUGGGACGAGUACAAUGGGAAGUUGAGGUCUCUUGGUAUUCUUGUUAAGGCCCGAAAUUUUCUUGUGUUUCAGGGUGAUGUUGAGUCCAUUGCAUCUAAAAAUCCCAAAGAACUUACGGCACUGCUCGAGCAGAUUUCUGGCUCUGAAGAGCUGAAGAGAGAAUAUGAGGACCUGGAAGAGAAAAAAGCAAUGGCUGAAGAGAAAUCUGCACUUGUGUACCAGAAGAAGAGGACCAUAGUGAUGGAGAGAAAGCAGAAGAAAGAACAGAAGGAGGAAGCAGAGAAACAUCUUCGCUUGCAAAAUGAUCUGAAAUCUUUGAAGAAAGAUUACUUUUUGUGGCAACUGUUUAACAUAGAGAAGGAUAUUUCAAAGAUGAAUGAGGAUCUUGAGGGUGAAAAGAGUAGUCGUGAAGAUGUCAUGCUUGAAAUUCAGCAAUUUGGAGAUGAAAUUAAUGAAAAAAAUAAGGAGCAGGCCAAGUACCUAAAAGAGAUUGCUCAACGUGAAAGGAAGAUUGCUGAUAGAAGCACCAGACUAGAUAAAAGUCAACCUGAGCUUCUGAAACUAAAUGAGGAAAUGUCUCGUAUAAAGUCAAAAAUCAAGAGUUGCCGAAAGGAGCUUGACAAGAAAAAGACUGAAAGGAAGAGACAUGCUAAUGAUAUUGAAGAAUUACACAAGGGCAUAAAAGAUCUGAUGGCAAAACUGGAAGAUUUAAAUGAAAAAAGUAGAGACAGCAGUGGGAAACUGCCUUUGCUUGACAGUCAACUGACAGAAUAUUUUCAAAUUAAGGAGGAUGCUGGGAUGAAAACUGCAAAGCUAAGAGAUGAGAAAGAAGUUUUAGAUAGGCAACAGCAUGCUGAUAUUGAAGCUCAAAGGAAUUUGGAAGAAAAUCUUCAACAGUUGAGCAAUAGGGAGCAGGAACUCAAUGAACAGGAAGCCCAAAUGCGAGCAAGACUUAAGAAGAUUCUUGAUACUUCUAAUGAGCACAAGGAAGAACUUUCGCAACUGAAAAAAGAAUUGCGUGCAAUGCAGGAUAAACAUCGAGAUGCCAGGAAUUCAUAUGAGAGUUUGAAGAAAAAAAUUGCUGAAUUAGAAAACCAGUUACGGGAAUUGAAGGCUGAAAGAUAUGAAACUGAGAGGGAUGCUAAAUUUUCUCAAGCUGUUGAGACUCUGAAACGCCUAUUUCAAGGGGUUCAUGGUAGAAUGACUGAUCUUUGUAGGCCAACCCAGAAGAAGUACAACUUUGCUGUUACUGUUGCUAUGGGUAGAUUUAUGGAUGCAGUUGUGGUAGAUGAUGAAAGUACUGGAAAGGAAUGUAUCAAGUAUCUCAAAGAGCAAAGGCUUCCUCCUCAGACAUUUAUACCUCUUCAGUCUGUGCGUGUUAAGCCAAUCAUUGAAAGGUUGCGUACCUUAGGUGGGACAGCAAAGUUGAUAUUUGAUGUGAUCCAAUAUCCUUUUGAGUUGUUGAAUAAGUAUUCACCAGUAUUAUCUUGCUUUAUGUAAUUUUCUCAUAUUUAGUUGCUCAUUUGGAUUUCUUACAGGAAAGCUGAUUUUUGAUCUGAUCCAAUAUUGUUUUCUUGUGAUCAAUAGAAAAUCUAGCUGUCUUAAGCCUAUCUGCCUAUACCCACCUAACGAGCUUGUUGACAGAAUUUUCAAAAUGUUUUGGAUCAGUUUAACAUCUGAUAUAUUUCUGGGAUUUUUUCUUCAUAUAAUUCCAGUUUCUCCCUUCAUCUCUGAUGACUAAUGGUGAAUUUAUGUUUAUAUUCUGGACUGUAGGACAUGUCUUGAGUAGAUUCUGUACUUGCAAUUUCUUCCUUUUUUAUGGGAUAUUACCUUGAGUCUGUAUUCUGCCUUUUGUUUUGA